AUGAUGAAAAUGGAGGGUACAGAGAGUAAACGCAGGCAGGCGGCGCCCCAUCCAUGUAGCGCUGACCCUGUCAAACAAGGGGAAGAUGAACAAGCACUCAGAGGCAGAGGAAGGGAUCUGAAAGAAGGAGACCUGCCCGUCUCCAUCUUGUUAGUCAAGCACGACGCGGCCGUCCUCCGCCGGCAACAAAGCAGCAUGUGCAACAUAUUAGACAGCAUGCUGCUCCGAGCGUCCAGUGCGGACGCGACGGCACUGGACGGCGGGAAGGAGAACAGCGGAAGCGUGUCCACGACUUCCUCGUCGCAGACACUGAUUUGGUGUCACUGCUACCACCACUGUCCGGAAGACUCGACCAACAACACAUGCAGGACUGACGGCUACUGUUUUACCAUGGUGGAGGACGACGGGGGCAUCCCAGUGUUGACUGCUGGUUGUCUUGGGCUUGCCGGCUCCGAGUUUCAGUGCCGAGAGACAUGGAACUCCCGUCAAAGGAGGUCACUUGAAUGCUGCACAGAUCAAGAUUACUGCAAUCGAAACCUUCAUCCCACUCUGCCGCCUCUCAAGCCACCUCUAUAUGUUGAUGGGAAGAUCCACCACAUGGCUUUGUUGAUCUCAGUCACAGUCUGCACUAUCAUUCUUGCUGUUAUCAUUCUCUUCUGUUACAUAAGGUAUAAGCGUCAAAUAUCCCGUCCUCGCUACACUAUCGGCCUGGAGCAGGAUGAGACCUACCUUCCACCCGGAGAGUCACUGAAAGACCUGAUAGAGCAGUCGCAAAGCUCUGGUUCAGGCUCAGGGCUCCCUCUGUUGGUGCAGAGGACGAUCGCCAAACAGAUCCAAAUGGUGAAGCAGAUCGGUAAAGGCCGCUACGGCGAGGUGUGGAUGGGCCGCUGGCGUGGCGAGAAAGUAGCUGUCAAAGUCUUCUUCACCACCGAGGAAGCCAGCUGGUUCCGCGAGACCGAGAUCUACCAGACGGUCCUCAUGAGGCAUGACAACAUCCUCGGAUUCAUCGCGGCGGACAUUAAAGGCACGGGCUCGUGGACGCAGCUGUAUCUGAUCACCGACUACCACGAGAGCGGCUCGCUGUACGACUACCUCAAGUCUACCACGCUGGACAGCAAGGCUAUGCUGCGCCUGGCGUACUCGUCCGUGUCGGGCCUUUGCCACCUCCACACAGAGAUCUUCGGCACACAGGGCAAGCCCGCCAUCGCCCACCGAGACCUGAAGAGCAAGAACAUCCUGGUUAAGAGGAACGGCGCCUGCUGCGUCGCUGAUUUGGGGCUCGCUGUCAAGUUCAUCAGCGACACUAACGAGGUGGACAUCCCACCCAACACCCGAGUGGGCACCAAGCGGUACAUGCCUCCGGAGGUUCUGGACGAAACCCUGAACAGGAGUCACUUCCAGUCAUACAUCAUGGCCGACAUGUACAGUUUCGGACUCAUCCUGUGGGAGAUCGCCCGUCGUUGCGUGUCGGGAGGCAUCCUGGAGGAGUACCAGCUGCCCUACCACGACCUGGUCCCGACUGACCCUUCGUACGAAGACAUGAGAGAGGUGGUGUGCAUCAAGAAACUACGGCCCUCCUUCCCGAAUCGGUGGAGCAGCGAUGAGUGUUUGCGUCAGAUGGGAAAGCUGAUGAGCGAGUGCUGGGCUCACAAUCCGGCGUCCCGUCUCACGGCUCUGAGGGUGAAAAAGACGCUCGCCAAGAUGUCUGAAUCGCAGGACAUCAAAUUGUGA